UAGGUGCGAUGAAGAAGUCCUAUAAUCGGUUGAGGAGUAGGAGCCGGUGAAGGAUACAUGGGCGGAAGUGAAGAGGGACUGUCCAAACGAGAUACCUUAAUAUAUAUCUGGGGAUCACAUUUGUGACUAUAUAAUAGACAGGAGAAUAUCACCUGGAAGCGGCUUGGUUCUAUUCUCCAUCCGAACCAGACGAAAACAAGUGGAGGUGCGGUCCUUCACCAAAAGCGUCUCGAACAUCUGAACCCUUCGAGAGACAUGUCAUAUCUCGGGGCAUAUUUUGCCAAACUAGAACAUUGGUAUUGCUAUUACGAAGACCAUCAAUUUUAGCGAGGAUUGGAUUGUGACGAUGCUUGACAUUCUCUCAUAGCCCAGAUGCAAGAACAUUAACCACAAGUUUGAGAUUUUCUCCCCGAAAUACCACGAUUUCCGCCGCGGAGGAAUCCGCCCACCAUGCUCCCAUCCAGCGCCACGCACGAUGUCAUCGCCCUGAUCUCCGGCGGGAAAGACUCCAUCUUCUCGAUCCUCCAGUGCGAAGCCAACGGGCACCGCGUCGUGGCUUUAGCCAACCUGUACCCCGCGCCGCGCGCCCACGACCCCGCGGACGCGGACGCCGACGCGAACGAUGAUCCAGACAGCUUCAUGUACCAGACGGCGGGACAUACGGUCGUGCCGCAUUACGCGCAGCUGCUUGGGCUGCCGCUGUAUCGCGCGCCGAUCAUUGGCGCGGCGGUGGAGACAACGCUGGAAUACCAUCCGCACGAGCGGCCGCGGCCAGGUUCCUUGAUAUCUGGGAACGGGGAAGGGAACGGAACACAUGGGAUCGAGAAUCUCUCGAUAGCCGACGCAUCCUCAUCCCCUCCAACACCCGCCGCCGUCGCGCCCACCCCCACCCUCAUCGACCCUCCUCCCUCCGACGAAACCGAGUCCCUCCUCCCUCUCCUCCGCCGCGUCCUCUCCGCCCACCCCUCCGCCACCGCCGUCAGCACCGGCGCCGUCCUCAGCACCUACCAACGCACGCGCAUCGAGUCCAUCUGCGCGCGCCUCCGCCUCGUCUCGCUCUCCCCCCUCUGGCAAUGGCCGUCGCUACCCCCGGCCUACGCGGCCGCCUCCCUGCUCGACACCAUGCGCGCCGCCGGGAUGGUCGCACGGAUCGUUAAGGUGGCGAGUGCGGGGAUUGGGGAGGGGGAGCUGUGGGCGGAUGUGUUGGGGGAGGGGAGGGCGCAGGUAGUGAAAGGGUUGAGGAGGAUUCUUGGGGAUGGCGGGGAGGAGGUGGGGGGCGCGGUGGUGGGGGAGGGUGGGGAGUAUGAGACUGUUGUAGUGAGUGGGCCGCCGGGACGGUGGAAGGGGAGAAUCGAGGCGGGAGAGGUGGAGAAGGUUAGAGGGGAGGGAGAUGUCUGGUGGGUGAAUUUGAAGGGCGUCAAGGUGGUGGAUGUUGAAGAGGGGGAUGUCGUGGAAGGCGAUCGUUCUACGGCGAUAAAACCCACGUUACUGGAUGCGGAAUUCGAGGAAGUUCUGUCGACAGUGGCGACGGAGGUAGAGGGAGUGGUACCGUCGUUGACGGUUACCCCUGAAAUUCCCCGAACGGACUCUCAUCUCAGACCGUCCUGGUUCACUCACAAUGUUGGCCUUACAGUCUAUCUAUCCAACAUGCAUGCCUCGCCGGACGAACGAGCAUCGCCGUCCGAGCAACUGGAAAAGAUUCUUGUCCUGUUGAGGCAAUAUCUCCGCGAUACGUACGCGUCCACACCCUCUUCCAUUGUUUCCUCCACGUUGCUGCUCCGCUCCAUGUCCGACUUUACCGUUCUCAACCCGAUAUAUGCAGCUUUCUUCCCCCUCCCCUUACCUCCUGCACGCGUCGCUGUGUCCUGCGGGUCGGCAAUGCCACCUGGAUGCGACGUGCUACUAUCAGUGGUGGUCGAACUUGGGCGACAAGCCGAGCGAACGGGACUGCAUGUGCAGAGUUGGUCCUACUGGGCUCCAGCAAAUAUUGGGCCGUAUUCUCAGGCAAUUGCAAUUCCGCUGCUUCCAGUGAAAGCAUUAAUCGAAGAGAACUCUGAGUUUGACAUGCGGAGUGCACCCAAAAUUAUAUAUAUGGCGGGACAGAUCCCGCUUGUCCCAUCAUCUAUGCAGCUUCUGGACCAUCCUUUAACUUCCCUCAAUAUCUCCGGGGAGGAGGUCGUCCUACCGGAGACCGGUAGCUCGCAACCUUAUUUGUUCCUAUCUCGGACGGUCCUCGCUUUGCAGCACCUUUUCCGCGUCGGACGAUCCAUGUCUGUCCACUGCUGGCUCAGCGGAAUCGCCUACAUUGCCAUUCCACCAAGUCACUCACAUAGCGAGAAUGUGGAACUGCAUCUGAAGAGCUCGUCCCAUACCGCAGCUGCCAGUGCGAGGACUGCUGCAAAUGAGGUGUCGGACACGGAGGACGAGGAGUCCCACGAAAUCGACGUGUGGGACCUUCAGAACCGACCGGCGUGGGUGGCGCAACAAAAAGAACAGGCGCCACAACCAAACCCGUCGAAACAUCUCCAACAGACGAACACUGUGGAUCAUCGCCCGAGGCUACCGGACAUGCGCCAUGUGCAUAUGACCGGAGCGACCACAACCGGAUACGACUCGACCCCGCCGAUGUAUGUGGUACGGGUGGCCGAGUUGCCGCGAGGUGCCGAUAUCGAGUGGAGCGCGGUCGGCAUGGCAAAUGGAGACGCCGUGGUGCAGUGGCUCGACAUCCCCGGCAUCCGGAGGAAAUUCAAGCGGGGCGACUUUGAGCUCUGUUAG